AUGACAGUGACCUACUCACGCAGGGUGGCUGACGCGGGCCUGGGGACCUUCUCCCACCUGCUGCUGCGCUGGAGGGGCAGCAUCUACAAGCUGCUCUACAGAGAGCUCGUCAUCUUCACCAUCCUCUACUUUGGCUUCAGCGUCCUGUACAGGUUCGUCUUGAAUGAAGACCAGAGAAGGCUUUUUGAGAAGUUGUCCAUCUACUGUGACAAGUAUGCCAAUCUGAUCCCCCUGUCCUUCGUACUAGGUUUCUAUGUGACACUGGUGGUGUCUCGCUGGUGGGGGCAGUUUGAGAGUGUUCCCUGGCCAGACCGUCUCGGAGCGUUGGUGGGUGGUCAUGUGAGGGGCGCUGACGAAUCAGCUCGCCUCGUACGCCGCACCCUGAUGCGCUACGCCAACCUAUCAGGAGUGCUCAUCUACCGAUCGGUCAGCACCGCCGUCUACAAGAGAUUCCCCACCAUGGACCACCUGGUCCAGGCAGGUCUGAUGACUGCUGAGGAGCUGAGGCAGCUGGAGGACUUGCCGUCUCCUCACAACAAAUUCUGGGUUCCCUGUAUGUGGUUUGUCAACCUGACCAUGAGGGCCAGAGCGGAGGGGCGCAUCAACAACGACGUGGCCCUCACGGCCCUCCUCAAUGAGCUGAACACCCUGCGAGCCCAGUGCAUGAAGCUGUACAGCUACGACUGGAUCAGCCUGCCGCUAGUUUACACCCAGGUGGUCACCGUGGCUGUGUAUAGCUUCUUCCUGGCUUGUCUGAUUGGCCGGCAGUUUUUAGACACUAGCCAGGAGUACCCAGGCCAUGAUCUGGACUUCUACCUGCCUGUGUUCACCAUGCUGCAGUUCUUUUUCUAUGUCGGAUGGCUAAAGGUGGCAGAACAGCUGAUAAAUCCCUUUGGAGAGGAUGAUGAUGAUUUUGAGACCAACUGGCUGAUAGACCGUAAUUUACAGGUGUCCCUGUUGUCGGUGGAUGAGAUGUAUGACAGCGUGCCUCAGAUGGAGAGGGACAAGUACUGGAACGAGUCGGAGCCACAGCCGCCCUACACAGCGGCCAGCGCUGAGCACAAGAAGCCGUCGUUCAUGGGCUCGGCGCUGGACAUCAGUGUGCCGAAGGAGGAGAUGGAGUUCCAGUCCAACCUGGAGCAGAUAAAGGAGCACGAGGAGGCCAACCACUCCACCCCUCUGCUGGGGAACCUGUCCCGCCUGCUGGGGGUCCAGUCGCCCAGCUUCCCCCGACCCACGCCCACCUCCCGGGUGUCCCUGCUCCGCCGACGCCCCCGCGCCCCGCUCAGCCGCUUCCCGCUCCACCUGCACGGCGAGGCGCCCGCUCUGGCUCUGGCGGGGGGGCACGGGCGCGACGGGCACGGGCACGACGGGCGCGACAUGGACUACGCCUUCUCCUCCGUCCCCAUGUGCGAGCGGCCGGGCUUCUACAGCUGCCCGCAGACGCCCAUCCACUCCAUGCCCCCGCCCGUGCCCGUGCCGCGCCCGAGACCCGCGCGGCGGGCGCAGGGCGACUGGGCCCACAGCUCGUCCUCCUCCCUCGCCCAUCACGCCGUGGGCUCCCAGCUCUUGCCGCCGGACACACCGGGCCACCUGCCCCCACCCCCGUCCUCCGCGUUCCCGUGGCUGGGGGACGAUGGGUCCGACGGCCCCUCUGGUCCGGCCUUCUCUUUCCCAGACCCGGUCCCUGAGCUCUGCCCCCUCCCGAAGCCCAGGCCUGGGCAGGGCCUCCUCUCCAGACACCCCCUGCCCCCUCGGCUCUCCCUGGACACCCACUCUCCUGCAGACAGUCAGCCAGGACCCCUAAGUGCUAGAGUUAUGGGAGGUAGUGGAAGUGGAGGUGGGGAGCGGAUUUUCUCCUUUACCCCUCCCUCCAGGUCUCUCAUUCAGACCACCAACAGCUCCAACAGCAUCAACUGCGGCGGGGGCGGCAGCGUCUCCGGUACUACCGGCUCACCUGCAAACCUGUGCAACGGCGGCGUGCCGCACCCCAGCUUCCCCAGCGGUAGUUGUAGCGGCGGUGGUAGCGCCCAGCGAUUGGUCAGCAGCAGCAAUGGAGCACUCAGCAGCAGCAGCAACCUCAACCCCGUCAGUGCCCCGACCCCCAGCAGCCAGCCUGCAGCCAAUCAGCAGAACUUCCCUAAUGAUUCCGGGAUCUCAUUGGCUGAGGAUCUUCUGAGGGGUUUCGUCUCCAGGGCGGGCCCGGGGCAGGGAGAGCCAGUGGGGCGAGGGAACAAGAGCGAAACAGGAAGUGUGGCAGAGACUAAGGGACCUUUGACUUCCUGAAAACUGACCAAUUGUCCCACUCUCUGACGCUCAUCUGGCCAGUCUAACAUGGGAGACUGCGUUUGAGCCAAGAUACACUGAACAACACCACUGAUCAAUGCUUCACAAUCACCACAAAUGCAUCAACAGAGUAUUCAAAUCUGCAAGUCCGACUUUAGUUUAGGCAGCCUUUGGUAAAAAUGACGUCAGUAAUAUGUAAGGUUAAAAAAUUAUACAAUGUAUAUAUCAUGUAUGUACAUACUUUUUACUUUUUACAAACUUUAACUGUAAAUAUGUCUUUGUCGUGUGUCAUUAUGCAGGAACAUAAUAUUCUAGAAACAGUAACAGAAUGUACAGUUUACUCUUAGUCUUAAGUACAAUGAGUAUAGCUAUACUGUGACCAUAGUACCUAAGGCGGCCUUAAAUAAAAGUGGACCAAUCAAUCCACUC